AUGGCUCAGCAAUUUAGAAUGGUAAAAUGGCUCGGCAUCACAUGGUUAGGCAACCUCGAAAUACCUGGUGUCCAAAAGGCUACUGGCGCUCAGGAUAAAGUUCUCGCAGAACUGCCACCGGAUAAGGUGCCCCUUUGGUGUCACCAUCCUAAAAAAGGACGUCUAUGGGGCACAGCCACGACGGAGCAACUUAUAGAGAUCACAGCCACCAAUCAUUACAUAUAUGAGAUUCUUGUAUUCGCCCCUUAUCGUCACCACAAAGUCUACUUUGACAUUGACCCCCCUAAACAGAAGAAAGGUGAAGAAGAGGGUACACCCAUCUCCUUGAAUGAUGCUAAGAGUAUUAUUUUGCAGUAUUUUCCGCAUGCGCGCUUUCAGAUUUCUGGUCAUGAAGGUUCCUGGCACAUCAUCCUGUCUAACUACUAUGCGGGAAAUCUGGAAUCUACCGCAGUCCUCCAACAGAUCGCCAGGAAACACGGCUGGGAUGUUAGUGUAUACUACAGGAACAGCAAUUUCAAGUGUAUCAACCAAAGCAAACCCGGUCAGGCAGUGCAGGACUACAUCGAGGGUAACACCGCGAGGAGCAAGCACUUUAUCCUCCAUGACUUUGACGAAGAUGCAAUCGACAUCAGCACCAUGACCUUUGACCUGGGCGAACUUCCUGCCGUCACAUCUCUGAGGAAGAAAAAUGCCGCAGGUCGAACUCAAUCUCAGAGCAUCGACAUCCUCUCCAUCCCCCAACUUGAUUUACCCGUACCCGACAACUAUGACCCUAAGAACAACCUUCAAAAACUCAGCAUGUUGCCAAAUCCUCCCAGGGGAAGUCCCGGAACCCUUGAUCACCACACUUGCUGGAAAGUCAUGUGUUGGUGUCGGCAAGUAGGGAUUGAAUUCCCUAAGUUCUGGGCAUGGAACAAGCAGAAAGACCUUUCUCCCGCUCGGAUGCAAAAGUUCUACCAGGCUUGGAACUCUGCAACACGGUACAACGUAUCACCUAAGUUUAUGGAUACGCUGCUGGAACGCUUCUACCCGGACAUCAACGUUUCAGUCGUGACGAAGAAGUUCCAGCGCCAGUUUGACAUUCCAGAGUUGCACAAAGUUGAUCAUGACUAUUUUGAAGAUACCGAUAUUGCACCUCCCAUAUACAUUCCCGAUGGGGUAGGUAAUCCUUUCGGUUGGAAUGUAAUCUUGAAUCAAGCGGCCAAAAAAUUUACCCUGUUAGGCGGAGGUAUGGGGAGGAACAAAACGGGGGCUGUUGCUAGAUACAUCAGGAGGUACGGUCAGAAUCUGCGAACCCUAUGGAUAUGCCCCCGUAUUACUUUAGCAGAAAACACUGUAGGCAGGCUUGCGGAGGAAUGCUUAGAUUUCCUGUGUUAUCGUACAUGCAACACCUUGCAGAAGAUCGAAGGCAAGAUGGAUGAUUCUCAGAACGUCAUCUGUAGCAUUCAGUCUCUGCAUUAUCUCACCGAAAUCUUCGACAUCGUAGUCGUGGAUGAACCGGAAACCGUCUUCACCUCAUACUUCGGCAAUGCCGAAACCCACCAAGCAAACCUCUGGAAGAACUGGGAACAGUUCAUCGCCUUCUGCCAGAUGGCAAAAAAGGUCAUCUUCAUGGAUGCCUUCACGACGAAUCUUUCCUUGAAUGUUGUCAAGGGAAUCAUAGAGAACGGCUGGGAGAGGCAGGAAUACGAAGUCCUCGAUACUUCCUUGCCUCCCUUACCCCGCAAGUUCGUAGAGAUCAAACUUUACGCGGAUUGGAUCUGCUCUGCUCUGCGUGAUCUCAAGGAGGGCAAAAAAUUGUAUAUUUUCACUCCUUUCAAACGAGGUAAGCAAGGUGUUGAUGCCAUCCUUAAAACCAUCUUGAAAACAUUUCCUGACUGGGAAGAAGGAACUGACAUCUUCGCUUACUAUGCCGAAAACGAAGCAGAAAAGAAAAGGCUGAGUAAUGUCGAAACCAUUUGGGAGCGGUGCCGAGUUGUCAUCACAAAUGUGUCCAUUUCGGUUGGUGUCAACUUCAACAAAAAGGAUGUCUUCGACCGCAUCUACGGAUAUUACUCACCCUUCAUUCCUGUGCGAGACUUUAUACAAUCCCUCCACCGCGUCCGUCACCCAAAGGAUUCCACCAUGUUGCUCCACCGGGACUUCAGGCGAUCUUUUGGCAUAUGCAACAAUCGGAGGCCAGCCGAAAUGCCUGAUUGCCUCAUCUUUCGUCAGAUGGUGUCCGACUUAGAAAUCGAAUACAAUGCUAACAAUAACACUAAAAAAUGGGAGACAUUCAACAUGUUCUGCCGCAAGGCUGGCAUCGAGAUACAUCCCGUUUCUACUGAAGCCGGACUGGAGAACAAUCAGGAAUAUCUGAAAAGUUUCCCCUCAAAGAAAGACCUUGCGUUCUACUGGGGCAACAUAGCAGACAUCGAGUCCCACCAGGCGGAACAGUAUCUUUACAUGAGUUAUCGCAACGAUGCCUCCCUGGAGCAAUGCCUUCAGUUGGCAAAGUAUUUUUUCAAGAAGCGGUUCUCCGAGGAUACUGAGGAUGACAUUAUGGCAGAAGUGUGGAGUGCUAAGCCCGACUUUAUCGACAAGGUUAUAGAACUCAGAUCGAAUCCCUCGCAUAUCAUCAACCGCGUGUUUACCGAAAACGGGGUGACACUGGGCGAUGGUACUCCCUUACCUAACCAGAUGCAGACUUCGAUACCGGUGGAGGAAAUCAAAACUCAGUUCAAGUUCGACAGACGCAGGGAGGAAGGAACAGGCUUAGUGGCACAGAUGAUCAAUGCAUACUUUGGGAUGAAAGCCUAUUACCAAAAAGACAGCAAGAGGAAGCAGAAGCAAAAUGAGAACAAGAGGAAACGCGAGCGCCUACAUGAAACCAGCCAGACAUUCAUUGACUUAGCGGAAGUGUGUGUAGCGUAUCAUAACAAAUGGUUAUGCAUGGAACCAGAGGGAUGA